AUGGAUUAAGAAAUCCCUUAAAAUAAUUUAUAACAUGAAUGGAACUUUAAUUUAUCAAAAGCAGAGGAGCAUGCUCUGUUAUCCAAUCAAGACCAUUACUUUUUUGAUAUGAACUUUAUGAUUCUGCCAGAUGUUUUGGAUAAGAUCGCAAUUCAAUUGAACAUCAAUCCUGAAGUGAUAUCAUCAUAAUAGUAUCAAAAGGAAAGAUAGAAACUACUAUUUACUAUGCUUAAAUAUGAGAUUGGUUUGGACAUUCUGAUAAAAUUGGUGUAUAGGCGGGAUUAAUCACCAUUAAAUGGUUAUUACUAUUUGAAGACACUUGAUGAUGUGGCUUAUGUGAUAUAUAAUAUGCAGACUGAAUUAUUGAAUUUGAUGAUAGAGUAGAAUCUAUGUUUAUAAUAAAUAUCAAAUCGCAUAGUGAAACUCUUUAACUCAGUAUUAAAUCGAAAGAAAAAGGAAGUCAAGUAAUUGUCUCUUUCUCAUAUUGUAUAAAAAGACCUUGAAAUAUUAAAAUAGAAAUUUAGCAGAAUAAAUGACAUAAAUUGUGUUUUGAGACACUAAGAAUAUUAUAUACAUAAUUGGAGAAUGAUUUAUGACUUUUUGAAUGCACCUCAAUAUAAGUUAUUGAAGAAGGUGAUUCUUUGUAAGAUAGAAUUACAAUAGAUGUUGAAAGAGAAGUCUGAAAAAUAACUAUUAAGAUUGAUGUCGCAGUUAACAAUUUAUUAGUAAGAAUUAAUCAUAACAUACAUUUAAUUUUCUUAAUUAAGCCAAGAAUAAGAGAUCCAAGAAUCAGAAAUGGUAAGAGGGAAAUAUGCUCAACUUUAUAAGGCACUAUUCUUAAUGGACACAGAUCAAGAAAAAUAAUUGCCUAAUAUUGUCAAACUCAUGAUGUUAUAUUAUUUUGAAAUUGAGAAUUGGAAAUUAUUAGUAAUUGAAGAAUUAAUGGAAUUGCAUUAAGAAUAGAAUGCUUAUGAGUUACUAUUAGCCAGUAAAAUAAAUUGGAGUUCUUUAAGUAACAGCGACAUUAUAAUAAAAUUAUUGAUUGCAUCUAAACGAUCUUUGUAAGCGUAUGUUUAUGUCACAGAAUUGAAAGAAGAAUAAGCUUUAAAAUAUUUCAUCAAGCAAAUGAUAGAUUAAAACGAUAUUUUGAAGUUAUUGUAAAUAGAGUUUACCCCUGAAUAAGACAAUAUAGUUAAUGAAAUCAUUAAGAAUUUGGCAGAGAAAGAAGUUCUAAUAGAAUUUGUGAAGAAAUUAUUAAGAGCAAAGAAGUACUUUCAAGCAAUAGAAUUUUAUAAAAAAUUACAUUAGACGCACUUCCAACUUGAUUUGGAAAGAAUUGAAGAAUUAAUUAAGAAAGGAAUUUGCUAGCUUCCUGAAAUUGAGGAGAAUUACUAUCUGGUAAGGAUGGAAGGAAAAUAAUUAACAGAAGAUGAAUUAUUGAUUGAAGCCAUUUUAGAUAACUAAGAGAAAAUAAAUGAAGAACAGCAUAAUUUCGAACCAAGAAAUAUUUAAUAUUUUGUGGAAUAACCAAUUGUGGAUUAUGAGAGGGUGAUUAAUUGUUGUGGAUGGAUCAGAUAAAGUCAUCUUGGUAUAAUAUUUUGA